AUGCUGCCGAGGAAGACCCCGAGGGGCAAGACGGGGUUCUUCGGCAUGAGGACAAAGCCCUCCGGCAACUUCGGGGUGGAGUUCAGCGACGCCGACCGCCGCUUUUGGCAAGGCAACUGCCCCACCGUCCACGAGGCCGCGCGUGCCUACGACGUGGCGGUGUGGCGUGCUGGGAGGCCGAAGAAGGACCUCAACUUCCUGGAGAUUGUGACCCAGGCAGAUGCAGAGUUUGUCGUGCCGGUGGGCAUUCGCAUGGAGGAGAUCACUACGAAGAAGAAUAAGAGGCCCGCCAUUGUCGUCAGUCCCGGCGAUAGCGACGAGGCGGCGAUGGCGAGAAGAAGAAGGAAGGAGGACCAGGCCGGCCCCUCGACGGUGAUCUCCGUCGAGCCCUCAGAGGAGGACAGGGGCGAGUCGGAGGAGGAGGACAAGGGCUUUGACGACCCAGACAAGGAUGAGUUCUGGGAGCAGUUUGAGAGCUCCAAUGACAAGGGGUAG